GUAGAAGAGAUACAAACAACAGAACCGGAGUCUGAACCUGUAGAAGAGAUACAAACAACAGAACCGGAGUCUGAACCUGUAGAGGAGAUACAAACAACAGAACCGGAGUCUGAACCUGUAGAGGAGAUAACCAGCACAACAGCAACAGGGUUCGAUUCAAUCGUAGAUCUUGAAAUCUCUGAACCAGGCUCCAACUCUGAGGAAGAGAUACAAACCACAACAGAUUCAGAAUCCCUUUCUGAGGAGGAGAUACAAACCACAACAGAUUCAGAAUCCCAUUCUGAGGAGGAGAUACAAACCACAACAGAUUCAGAAUCCCAUUCUGAGGAGGAGAUACAAACCACAACAGAUUCAGAAUCCCAUUCUGAGGAGGAGAUACAAACUACUACAGAACCAGCAUCCAAUUCUGAGGAAGAGAUACAAACCACAACAGUAUCAGCAUCCAAUUCUGGGGACGAGACACACACCACAACAGAACCCGGCUCUGAUUCUGAUAGAGAGACCCUCUCCUUGGAAACGUCCGAACUGUCCCUUAAUCCCGAUCCAGAUCCCCCAGGGUCAGUGCAGGUUUUGCACCCAACCGAAGAGCCGACAGCCCAACCGGGUCUUAUCCUCCAGGACCAGCCUGCAGCCCACCCUCUCCCAGCCCCGGAGCUCUCUAACCCUGACCCAGGCGGGUCACAGCCAGACCCACCAGCCUCCCAGCAUCCACAACCUGGGCUCCCAGUUCCCCCCCAGAUCCCAGUCCGGUACACCGAAUCGGUGCAAGACGUGCAUCUCCGGAGACGAAAAUGCCAUGAGAUGAAAAAGAUGAUUCGUCGGCAAAAAAGGUCUUGUGGCUAAAUUCAUAAAACAAAAGACCAAAUAAAGUUGUGAUUAUGAGCAAGUACGGCUUCUUAUUUAAAAAAAAAUACAGUGUCUCUUUGUGUAUCGUAUUGGGUAUAAUGCCAUCAACAACACUAUUGAUUUGUGUGUGUGUGUGUGUGUGUGUGUGUGUGUGUGUGUGUGUGUGUGUGUGUGUGUGUGUGUGUGUGUGUGUGUGUGUGUGUGUGUGUGUGUGUGUGUGUGUGUGUGUGUGUGUGUGUGUGUGUUUGAGAGUGAGAGUUCACGUGAGUGUGUCAAUACAACCUGAAAGAAAUAUAAUAAUAUCUUCCAGCGUUGUUUUCUUAAAAGGCGUUCCUGACACAUGCGUACCGGCCCAACCUCUUUUGCUCCGGUGUUCCUUCUACCCCAAUUUACUCCUGUCGCUCUCACACACUCCUCUGAGAUCAAGAAAUCAUCGCCGACGUGCUCUUUAUCAGAUCAAAAAACCGCGUCGGCGUUGGGAGACUUUCAGACCCUUGUGUGCGUGUAUGUGAGUCGAAAAGGACGCACAACAAAGGCGACGCCGUGUAGCCUAUAGUUGGAUGGUUAUAAAUAUUACGUCCAUUUGCUGACAGGUGUGACACAUUGACGGGACGGUCCCAGACAAACCAACAUGAUCAAUCGCCGCCACCCUACAGCAGCACCAGUGUGUGGAUAACACUUCCCGAAGGACAGGAGCAAGGCAGGCAUGUGCUGAACAACCCCGGGUCCUCCGGUCCACCUGAAUGGACCUCAAGCUCCACAACCCCGGGUAUCGUACCCCGGGAACUCCUCCAAUCAGUGACCGCAUGCAACGCGGCUCACCCGCCUGCUCCCCGGCCAACUCCCUCCUCGUCAACGGAGAAAACCAGAUCGACUUCUUCCGCAAGCUGGGCUACUCCGCGGCCCAGGUGCGCGCCGUCAUGAACAAGUUCGGCGCGGACACGGACCGGGUUCUGGGGGAGCUGGUGCGGACGGGGGCGAGCCCCGAGGCGCACGAAGAAGAGACGGCGCUGACCAGGACCUCCAGCCCCAGCAGCAGCAGCUGCGUAUCUGAGCCGGGGACCCGGAGGGGCAGCAGCAGGGAUCCAGAGGGCCCCGAGUUCCAGGAGGAGGGGGUAGAGAGCCUCGCCGAAGCGCUGAGGCCCAUCGUUAUCGACGGAAGCAACGUGGCCAUGAGCCACGGGAACAAGGAAGUGUUUUCCUGUCUGGGGAUUCAGUUGGCUGUCAACUUCUUCCUGGAACGAGGCCACUCGGACAUCAUCGUCUUCGUGCCGUCGUGGAGGAAGGAGCCAUCGCGCCCAGAUGUCCCUAUCUCAGACCAGCACAUCCUGCGCGACCUGGAGAAGAAGAAGAUCGUGGUGUUCACGCCGUCCCGCCGCGUGGCGGGGAAGCGCGUGGUGUGCUACGACGACCGCUUCAUCGUCAAGCUGGCGCACCAGUCGACGGGCAUCGUCGUGUCCAACGACACGUACCGCGACCUCCAGGGAGAGAACCCCGAGUGGAGGCGCUUCAUCGAGCAGAGCCUGCUCAUGUACUUCUUCGUCAACGACAAGUUCAUCGUUCCAGAUGACCCCCUGGGUCGCCACGGUCCCACCCUGGACAACUUUCUCCGGAAGGUUCCAAAGAUGGCCAAGAAACACCCCUGCCCGUAUGGGAGGAAGUGCACCUAUGGGAUCAAGUGUAAGUUCCUCCAUCCAGACAGAGGCCCCCAGUCCAACCUGGCCCUGGCCGAUGAACUGCGGGAGAGGGCCAAGUCCCCGUCGUCCCACCACAGACCCGGGUCCCUCUCCUCUGGGGGCUCUCUGGCCUCUGGGUCGUCCCAGUGCCUCUCCCUGGAGGAGGAGAUGGCUCAGAAGCUCUCCCUGCACCACCAGCCCAGCAGCGCCUCCAGGAAAGGCCCCGUGAGUGAAAACGUUGUGGUCAACGGAGGUGCCCCGAGCGGCAGAAGACAGCCCGCCAGGAAGGAGAAGGCGUGCCCGCCGCCUCCUGGUGACAGGGAGCCCCUGAGGUCCACUGGAUCCCAGGUACAGCUGGACUCCGGACUGGGCUCCAUAGAGAACCAGUCCACCGACGUCUCCUGGGAACACGGGGGCUGGCGCUACGGGGAGGGCUACGGGCUUAGCCACCCGGUGCUUAGCCAAGAACCCCUGUACUACCCGGCUAACAUGCGGCCAUGCAGCUGCUGCUCGCACCCCCCCCCAUCCCAGGCGAACCCCGCCACCCCCCACCACCACCCCCACCACCACCAACCUCACCGUCCUUUUCAGAAUCACAGCACGGGGCCGCCCGCCGGUGCCCACACCCCAGACCCGAUGGCCUACGGCCCUCCCCGUUACCUCGGAUACGGUGGGACCCCGUAUCCGAGGAGCAUGCACGCGCACAGCCAAUCCACGGACCUCCAGAACCGAAUGGCCUUCCAGCCCGCGGAGGCGGACUAUUGGUCGGAUCCGUACUCGCCGGCGGGUCCGUACACCUUGCCUGGAGAGAGGCCCGCCCCCUGGGGCUACCACCAGCCCCCGGCGCCGCCCAGCCCGCCCGGUGGCGGGCGGGAGACGGUGAGGAAGAAGCUCCUGGCCAUCUUCAACAGCCGGCUGGUGGACCAGGCCAUGGAGAUGUACCCCCACGUGCUGGACCCCCAGGUGCUGGUGGCCGAGAUCAUCAUGCUGCAGGGCCAGGACCGGGCCAGGAGAUAGGGGUCUCAGGACUCGGGGGACCCUGGUCCUCAUGGGAUCCACAGGCCGUACGAGCCUCGGUUACAAAGCUGUCGUUUGUCGUCACUGUAUCGUGGCGAAAUGUGUUAUGUAUUAGCACUGUACACCGGUUCUACUUGGAACGAAUUUAUGUUGUUAACUAUAUUAGAUAACAGGUUGUCCCCCGGGGAUCGAGGGCCAUAUGAGUCGACUGUUGAUGCAAAUUGUAUCUUUAAUCGGGGGCCGAGUGCCAAGUGGGUUUAGGAACUCCUUGGGGUUCAGGAGGAAGGAGGAAGUAUUCUGACAUUUGUAGGCAUGUUGCCCAAUCGAGGAACGUUUGAAAGGGUUGCCUUACCCUUUGACACGUUUUAAAUGUUUUGCGUUUGAUGGAUUAGCUAGUCAAGUUUAGUCCUCUUUAUUUGUAUAGCUAUGCUUCAAUGCCCCAUGGGACAUUGAAGCAGUUUGUGUUCACUGUGUAUGUAAGGGCCCUUGUCCUUGGACUAUUUGUAAUGUUAAGUGUGGUAGCCUCCAGUUUCAACUUGGUACGUUUUUAGCUUAUUUAGUUUGUUGUACGCAUCGUGGCUGAACUCUGUGAACCCCUGGAAGACAGGACACAGUGUCCACACAACUGCACAUUCUCCCCCUUCCAUGUUCCCACAAGAGGCGUGUCUGUACAAGUAUGUUUUUUGCUGAACACCCAAUAGCACAAUCCCCCCUCCCCACACACACACACACCUUUAAAUAUUGUCUACUCCUAUGACUCUUCUUUUAUUCCAGUUGUGACAAACACCUCUUCUUGGGUUCCUACAUUCUGGUUUGGUCCUGUCAGCAUGUGACUGGGCCUUCCUUACUACUGCAGGCUUAUACAUUGUUUUUGUUUUUAUAACAUACUCAAUAAAAAAAAUUAAAUUAUAUUUUCUAUUUUUCA